AUGCCAACCUUCACCUCAAAAAAAUACCACCCCCCAACCCUCCAAAACACCAUCGGUGCGCGCUACCGACGCAGCCUCUCCCGCCACCCAUUCCUGCUCUUCGGCCUACCCUUCAUCGGCACCAUCCUAGCCGGCAGCUUCUUCCUGACUCCGGUCACGGCGCUGCGAUAUGAGCGUCACGACCGCAAGAUCCAGCGCGUCAGUCAGGAGGAGGCCAUGGGGCUUGGGCGGAAUAAGCGGAAGGUGGAUUUGAAUGAGGAGUACUAUAGGCUUGCCGCGAAGGAUCUGGAUAAUUGGGAGCAAAAGAGGAUUGAGAGGUUCAAUGGGGAGCCGGAUGGGACUUUGUGA